AAAAUUUUAGAAAGUUCCUUUACCUGAAUAUCAUGUUAAGUAUAUCUUUUUGCUAUAAAUAGAGCUUUAAAAUUAUACAGUUUCAGUUUAAAUCUUUUUAUGUCAGCUAUUCUUCCGUGACCCACAUCCCCCACUUAGCACUUCUCCACACCUAAAUCGUAUAAAUACGGUAGAACAGCUCCGUCACAAAGGCAACAAAAACUUUCCUUCGUCUCCACAACUACUAUCAAACGACACUGCUUUAUGCGUUUCAUGCUCUGUUUCUGAAGAAAAAACCAUGGCCGUUUCUUUCCUACCUUGUUUAAUUCUCAUUGUUUCCCUCUUCUCAGCCAUUGACGCACAUUCUGGAAUGAUCGGAGUCAACUAUGGCCGGAUAGCUAACAACCUCCCGUCGCCGGAGAAAGUAGUGAACCUCCUGAAAUCACAAGGAAUCAACCGUAUCAAAAUCUUCGACACCGAUAAGAAUGUACUAACCGCACUUGCAAAUUCCAGAAUCAAAGUAAUCGUAGCUCUCCCCAACGAGCUUCUCUCCUCCGCCGCCUCCCACCAAUCAUUCGCCGACAACUGGAUCAAAACCCACAUAAUGUCAUACUUCCCAGCGACAGAGAUCGAAGCUAUCGCCGUUGGUAACGAAGUAUUCGUCGAUCCGAAGAACACGCCCUAUCUUGUCUCUGCGAUGAAGAACAUUCACACCUCUCUGGUUAAGUAUAACCUCGACAAAGCCAUCAAGAUCUCUUCUCCGAUUGCUCUUAGCGCGCUGGCUAAUUCGUACCCGCCAUCUUCCGGUUCUUUUAAACCGGAUUUAAUCGAACCGGUUAUUAAACCAAUGCUUGCUCUGCUACAACAAACGUCGUCGUUUCUCAUGGUAAAUGCUUACCCGUUUUUCGCUUACGCAGCAAACGCCGAUAAAAUCUCUUUAGACUACGCUCUGUUUAAACAAAACGCCGGGAAUAUAGAUUCCGGUACCGGAUUGAAGUACAACAGUCUUUUUGACGCACAAAUCGACGCCGUUUACGCGGCAUUGUCUGCCGUCGGAUUUAAAGGCGUUAAGGUGAUGGUGACGGAGACAGGGUGGCCUUCCGUUGGAGACGAGAACGAAAUUGGUGCAAGCGAAUCAACCGCGGCGGCGUAUAACGGUGGACUCGUGAAGAGAGUGUUAACCGGUAAAGGAACGCCUUUAAGACCGAAGGAGCCACUUAACGUCUAUUUAUUCGCUUUAUUCAACGAAAACCAGAAACCGGGGCCAACGUCUGAGAGAAACUACGGAAUGUUUUACCCAAACGAAGGGAAAGUGUACGACGUUCCGUUCUCCAGAGUGAGGUCAACGCCGGUCAACGGUAACAGAGAUCAUGUCCCGGUGACGCAUGAGGGACACACGUGGUGCGUUUCGAACGGAGAGGUUGCGAAGGAGAAGCUUCAGGAGGCUCUUGAUUACGCUUGCGGAGAAGGAGGAGCUGAUUGCCGUCCGAUUCAGCCAGGUGCCACCUGUUAUCAUCCUGAGUCGUUAGAAGCUCACGCUUCGUACGCUUUUAACAGUUACUACCAGAAGAACUCACGUCGUGUUGGUACGUGCUACUUUGGUGGAGCUGCCCACGUCGUCACGCAACCUCCUCGAUAUGGAAAAUGCGAGUUUCCCACCGGACAUUGAGGCGGAAUAGUUAUCGGCAUUUUUCUUCUUGCCUGAUUUAUUACUUUGUUUGCUAAUCAGGAAUAUAUUUUAUAUCGUGUAUAAAAUAUAUUAACUUUGUUGAACUAUUUCAUAUAUUUUAAUUUAAAAUUUAUAUCAUCACUAGAUUAUCCUCAAAAUGUUGCUUGAAAGUUGGAGUUUCACAUUAUACACAGCCCCGGCUUAGAGUGGUAGGGCGGA